AUGGCCAGUUCUGCUCCAUCUACUGAGAUGCCCACACUCUCCGAAAGCCUCAACUCUACCGCUGAUCUUCAUCAAGAAUCUUUGCACCCUAGGGUUAUUGUUGCCUUAUUCGAAAUUGGAUCACAUCCCCCUUCCUCCUGGGGCUCUCUCCCUUCUCUAAAGAAUUGUAGCCAUCAAGUAACGGAACAAAAGACUGCACAGAAGUCUAACAACCUUUUAAAAGAAAUUAAAGAUGUUCUUAAAAAUGUGGCGGGUUUUGAAGAGAUCACGGAAGCAAAAGAAACUUUUGAAGAAUCCGGUACUUCCAAAGGUGUGUCAGAACAUAAAGAAAAAAUUAGAGGGUGUGACAAAAUUAAUAAAAUGAUAUUUAAAAACCUGCUAGUUAGUUUAGCCCCAGAGAAAGAACAGAAUGCAAAGAAACAGGAGAUGAUAUUGGAAAAGCAGAACUCCAAGAACGCAGUACAAGUGUUUGCAAGAGAAUUGGUAAAUCAUUUAGAUGAAAACUCCCUUAACAAAACUCAACAAAGUAAGGAAAAAGCAAAAUACAGGCUCUUUGGUGUUCAAGAAGAAAAUAUGAAACUUAGAAACAACAUGGAACAGCUACUACAGGAAGCAGAACACUGGAGUAAACAACACACUGAACUCAACGAACUGAUAAGAUCAUAUCAGGAAUCUCAGACAGAUGUAAGAGAAACUCUUGGAAAUAAUGUAGUCUGUUUCCAAACUCAACCAAAUAAUGAAGUGUCAGUUAAGCAUGAGCUGGAGGAACAGGUGAGGAAAUUGAGGCAUGACACCUAUUCAUUGCACUUGGUUGCAGCUUUGCUGGAGAAUGAAUGCCAUAUCUUACAGCAGCGAGUAGAGAUUCUCAAGGAGCUCCAUCAUCAGAGAGAGGGAACUCUGCAAGAGAUACCAAUUCAGAUAAACUCUAAACAGAAUGAGAAAGGCCAGAAGUCAUCAGAAGCAGAGAAAGUAGAAAUUUGUAAGCAGAAUGUGCGAGAAAUGGAGGGAAAAAAGACAUUUCAGAAAAAAGACAGAACCUAUCAAAGCCUGGAUGUUUGUCUUAAUAAGAAAGCUCACAACAACUGGUUCAAUACUCAUGUUGCAAGAAGGGUUCUUAUGGGCAAAAAGAGGUCAGCCAGCAGCCUAAGACAGAAAAUAUCAAAGGCAAAAGAAAAGAUGAAUCUUCAAAAAACUACAUCUAAUACAUUCAACUUCAAGCAUGAUCAAUAA